AGGGUACCUGAUCUGGGAAUGGGUUUAUCACAUUUCCAAAAAAAAUGCAGUACUUGUCUUGUUACAGGGUACAAAUGCAAUCUUUUAUAAGCUCUCUGCUUACCAUAUUUCUUUCAGCCAAAACGCUUUGGUAAUGGCUCGAGCCCUAUGGGCUUUCGUACAGAAAUAUCAUCUUUUGGUGGUACAAAACUUGUAAAUGGCUUUGAAAAAAGCAAACAUUUAGUAAACUAAAGCUUUUCGUCUGACACUCUUCAGAGUUUAAAACGUCAGAACAUAGAUCGAAAACUCUACGCUAAGAAAUAUAUAUACCCAGUUGUGGAUCGAAAUAGGCCAAUCAGAAACACGAGCACAUGACUGUAAAGGUUGACCAAUCAGUGCCGCUUGCCUAUUAGAGUGUCCUUAAAGGCCGUUUUCCACUAGGCGAAUUUAUUCGCGCGAAGCGACUUUUUUCGAGCAUACGCAUGCGUAUUUAAAUUCUCGCACAGAAGCUCAUUCGCGGUGACUGUUCGCAGCAGCGAAAAAGUGAGUUCGAAUGGAUUCAACUUUUUCGCGGCGAAGAAAGGCGCAAGCCAAUUAAUUUGCUGGAAGCCUGUCAUGUGACAUCCAUGACCAAAAGUCGCGCCAAAACAACAGCAGCAGAAAGAAAACAUGGCUGCAAUGACACUGAAUCUCUUACAACAAAUGAUGGCAAAUGGAGACAUAACUGUGGCUGACCUUGCCAGUUUAGCAAAUACCAACAGUCAACAGGAACUCUACAACCACGAAGACAAUGCUGCCACGCCAGGCUCCGUUGAUGAGACAGGUUUUGAGGAGACAGAGACGAUCGUCUCUGUUGUCACCACCACCCCCGAGAACAACCUACAAGGCCUAGACCAGUACAAUGGCGAAGAACUACUUGCAGCUGAAUUCGACAAAGAAGUAUUUUUGGAAGAAGUCCGCAAGUACAGAUGUUUGUGGGAUAUUGCUUCCGAAGGAUACAAAAUUAGGCCCAUGAAGCAAAACGCAUGGUCAAAAAUAGGCCAGUUAUUCAACAAGGACGUGGAAUUUCUUCAGAGGCAUCUAAAAAAUCUAAAGGACAACCUGAAAAAAUGUUUGGACAAGAGGAACCGGAUGACUAGGUCUGGUGCUGCUGCAACCUUGAAUGCUGAACUGAAGAGCGGCCUGCGGGAAUUGUGCGAAAAGGCAGCAAUUUGCCCUUUCGGCGCUGAGCUCGACAAAGAUAAUAAACAAAAUUUGGAACAGCAAAACUGGUUAUAUAUAUAA